GUCAGCUGGAAGUCACCCCAUACAUGUAACCAGUCAUGACAGAUACUCACGUGUCUUCAAAAAGCAUGGAUCCAGUGGGAGUGGAUUCAAUAGAGACUGCAGCUCUAGGGAGACCCUUCCAGCUGGGGAUGCUGUAUGACUGCAGGAGAGAUGCUCUAGUACCAGGAAUCAGACAUUGGAGUAAAGAGCUGCAGCAGAACAUAAGCACUAAACCCCAAAUUAAUACAGAUUUCACAGUCACAGCUUCAGACUCAAUUGAGGAAAAAUCUAGAUUGCUGAAUAUUGAUGGUUGUCUGAAACUGAGUCUUUUAGGAGGACUCAUCAAUGUAAAUGGAGCUGCCAAUUUUCUCAAGGACACCAAGAAAUCAUUCAAUCAACAGAGACUCACAUUACAUUAUCAUUCAACAACUAAGUUUGAAGAGCUGAUCAUAAACCACUUUGCUUCUGGAGACAUGGCUCACUAUGAGAAUGAAGUAGCCACACAUGUAGUGACAGCAGUGCUGUACGGAGCAGAUGCCUGCUUUGUUUUUGAUAGAGAAGUUUCUUCAGAUGAAGACAAAAUGGAGGUAGCAGGAGAAGUAAAAGCUGUCUUUGAGAAGCUAAAAGGGAUUUCAGAUGGAAACAUUGAAGCAAGUAUGAAAAUGAAUGACAAUCUGAAGACUGCUGCCCAAAAAUUCAGUUGUAAAUUUUAUGGUGACUUCCAGCUACCACGUAACCCGACCUCUUUUGAAGAUGCCAUGAAGGUUUUUGAAGAUCUUCCAAAACUGCUGGGAGAAAACAAAAGGGUUGCGGUUCCUCUGAGAGUUUGGCUUUAUCCUUUGGACAAACUUUUCUCAAGAGUUGUAAAGUUUCAACAUGAAAUCAGCACAGGUUUAAGCACAGAUAUUGAAUCUGUUAUUGAGAGUUUAAGUACGACUGAGAUGAAAUGCAGUGAUCUUCUGACAGACACACCUGCUUCGACAUUUACUGCAUUUCAUGACAAAAUCAAUGACAUGAAGAAAAACUGCCACCGGUGCAGAUUGAGUCUCAUGAAGAAACUCGGCUCUCUCUUACCAAAGAUCCGUGGGAAAUUCAUAGAGGAUUCAGCAUUGAUCGAUCUUCUACAAGAACAUGAAGAAUCUCCAUUUGAAAGAAGCGCUCUUGAACAAUGGCUGAAAGAGAAAGAGGAAGAAUCUGACAUCAUUAAAAUAUUGCUCACACAACUGAAUGACUCAGGAGCGAUGGUAGAAAUCAACCUCAAUAAAAAUUUGAUGAAUCUGGAAGUUAAACAUUUAGUCAGCUACACUUUCACAUCAUUGAGCUGGACAGAUGAGCUGCUUUCUGAACAAAAGGCCUUCCUGAGGUCUUCAUCAACAGGAAAAAAUAAAGAGAAAAGCUCUGAAUCUGAACACAAGACUUGGCUCGCACCUGAUAUCCAAAAGACAAUGAGGAACAACUUGAGGGUUUUUAAAAACUUGAUUGAUUUAAAUGAUUGCACAUCAGCCAAAUUCAUUGUUGCAUCAAAAGAAAUGGAAAAUAAUCCAGGUUCCUGCAUACUGCUGUAUGAAAAUGAAUCUAAUGAAGCUGUUUGCUUCACUCCUCCAUCAAAACCAGACUGUCCAAUCAUUGAAGAUGUCAGAUGUACUCAAGUUGUUCUGAAAGUGUCUCCACCAUGUCCUGCUACAGAGGAGCUCAAACUACUGUACAAAAUGAAGGAAGAGGAAGACUGGAGAUCUCAAACUGUGUCAAAGAACCAGAAUACAGUUACUCUGACUGAUCUCAGACCAGAUACUGAGUACAAUAUUAAAUGUGCAGCAGUGGGAAAACUCAACUACACCGUAGACAGUGAUGUGACGCGUCUCACAGUCAUAAACCAGAAUCUCAUCAAGGCCAAAGAGUCUGCUAUCAAAAAUCUAAACUGGACUGAAAACAAGUGCAGUGAACUUCUGGAAAACACCAGAGAAACAACUUUUAGUGCACUUCAUAAGAAAAUACAAGAUAUGCAGCAAAACUGCCAAAUGUACCGACAAGAAUUCAGUGACCAAAUCAAAUCUGUGAUCCAGUCAGUUGAAGUUUGUGAAAAAGAGUCUUGUGCUCUGAAGGAUCUUCUACGAGCUCAUGAUGAGUCUCCAUUCAAUGAAAAGAGUCUGAAAGAGUGGAUCACAGCGAAAGAAAAAGAAUUGAACACAGUUAAUGAGUUUCUUCGACAGUUAAUGGACUUUGGAGCCGAAGUGAACAGAAGUUUGGACUCAUAUCUGUCAGAUAUUCAGGUGGAGAAUGUGUUUUGUUACACUUUCAGUUCUCUUGAGCAGCCGGAUGAGUUUCUUAAUGAACAAGAAAAUUACAUGAAUCCUCAAAUGAUGAGAAAUCCACAGAAGAAACCUGGUGUGGCGUCCCAAUCAUGGCUCACUGGAAGCAUCAGGGAGAAAAUGAGAGAACAUCUGAAAACAUUUAAAGAGCUGAUGACUUCAUAUAACAACGAAAGUACUAAAUUUAUGGUUUCCAUAAAAGACCAUGAAAAGCAUCCAGGUUCCUGCAUUCUUCUGUAUAAAAAUGGAUCUAAUGAAGCUGUUUACUUCAGUGCUCCAUCAAAACCAGACUGUCCAAUCACAGUCCAACAGGACAGAUGUACUCAAGUGGAUUUGAAAGUGUCUCCACCGUGUCCUGCUACAGAGGAGCUCAAACUACUGUACAAAAUGAAGGAAGAGGAAGACUGGACAUCUCAAACUGUGUCAAAGAACCAGAAUACAGUUACUCUGACUGAUCUCAGACCAGAUACUGAGUACAAUAUUAAAUGUGCAGCAGUGGGAAAACUCAACUACACCGUAGACAGUGAUGUGACGCGUCUCACAGUCAUAAACCAGAAUCUCAUCAAGGCCAAAGAGUCUGCUAUCGAAAAUAUAAUCUGGACUGAAAACAAGUGCAGUGAACUUCUGGAAAACACCAGAGAAACAACUUUUAGUGCACUUCAUAAGAAAAUACAGGAUAUGCAGCAAAACUGCCAAAUGUACCGACAAGAAUUCAGUGACCGAAUCAAAUCUGUGAUCCAGUCAGUUAAAGCUUGUGAAAAAGAGUUUAGUGCUCUGAAGGAUCUUCUACAAGCUCAUGAUGAGUCUCCAUUCAAUGAAAAGAGUCUGAAAGAGUGGAUCACAGUGAAAGAAAAAGAAUUGAACACAGUUAAUGAGUUUCUUCGACAGUUAAUGGACUUUGGAGCCGAAGUGAACAGAAGUUUGGACUCAUAUCUGUCAGAUAUUCAGGUGGAGAACGUGUUUUGUUACACUUUCAGUUCUCUUGAGCAGAUGGAUGAGUUUCUUAAUGAACAAGAAAAUUACAUGAAUCCUCAAAUGUUGAGAAAUCCACAGAAUAAAUCUGGUGUGGCGUCUCAAUCAUGGCUCACUGAAAGAGUCAGGGAGAAAAUGAGAGAACAUCUGAAAACAUUUAAAGAGCUGAUGACUUCAUAUAACAACGAAAGCACUAAAUUUAUGGUUUCGGUAAAAGACCAUGAAAAGCAUCCAGGUUCCUGCAUUCUUCUGUAUACAAACGGAUCUAAUGAAGCUGUUUGUUUUACUUGUCCAACUAAACCAGACUGUCCACUAAUUAAAGAUGUCAGAUAUAGACAAGUGGAUUUGAAAGUGUCUCCACCGUGUCCUGCUACAGAGGAGCUCAAACUACUGUACAAAAUGAAGGAAGAGAAAGACUGGAGAUCUCAAACUGUGUCAAAGAACCAGAAUACAGUUACUCUGACUGAUCUCAGACCAGAUACUGAGUACAAUAUUAAAUGUGCAGCAGUGAGAAAACUCAACUACAUCACUGAAUCUGAUGUCACCACAGUUAUCACAAAGGAUAUAAAUGAUCUCAUCAAGAAAAAUGUCUUAAUUGAAGAUGGAAAUCCUGCUCGAUACUAUCUACAAACAAAGACAGGAAAUUUGGAUCAAUCUGAACCAUACAGAAAAAUGACCUUUGGAGAGAGAGACAGAAACAAACCCCAUAAAACCAUUCUGAUGGUGGGAGAAACAGGAACAGGAAAAACAACCCUGAUCAAUGUGAUGAUCAACUACAUGUUGGGUGUUCAGAGAGAAGACAAGGUUUGGUUUGAGAUCACAGAUGAUCAGAGUGACCGAACAUCAGUUCACAGUCAGACCUCCAGAAUCACUGUUUAUGGGUUUUAUCUACAAGAGAGUCCAAUCCAUUUAACAAUCAUCGACACUCCAGGAUAUGGAGACACUCGGAGUAUUGAAGUGGAUAAACAGAUCGCUGAGAGUUUGCUUAGUUUAUGUAAAUCUGCAGAAGGAGUGUGUGAAAUAGAUACAGUGUGUCUGGUGAUUAGAGCAACACAGAAUCGACUCUCUGACAGACAAAUAUACAUAUUUGAUGCUGUUCAGUCUUUAUUUGGGAGAGAUAUUGCUGAAAACAUUGUCCUGCUCUUCACACACUCAACUGGAGCUCGACCAAAAGAUGUCCUGAUGGCUGUUAAAAAGGCUAAAAUCAAGUGUGCAGUGAAUGACAAGAAUCAGCCAGUGUAUUUCCUGUUUGACAACUGUCAAGAAAAUACAUUUCAUGAAGAAUAUGAGAUGGUUCAAGAGCAAUCAUGGAAUCUCAGUUUUAAAGAAAUAACAGGAUUUUUCAAGUUUCUUGACACAAUAAAACGAAAAUCUUUGAAGAUGACUCAAGAUGUUUUGCAGAAUCGGAAGCAGUUGGAGGCAAAGAUCUCCAAUCUCCAGUCAUGUUUUCAACUGACAGAACUAAAGCAAAAUGAGUUUAAACAAACUCAAGAAGCUCUGAAGCAGAACAAGAAGAGAACAUAUGAAAAUUUACUGAAGGAUUAUGAUGGGAAGAUUGGUGAUGGUGAGUCUUUGGUCAAGAAGCUGGAAGAAGAACUGCAAGAAUUAGAGAAAGAGAAAAUAAAGCUGGUGUUUGAAGCUUUUUACUGUGUGGAUAAACUGGAGAUGAUCGCACUCAACACUGAUUCUGUGAUCACUCUUCUGCACAUUGAUCUUCUGAUUGAGAAGCUGAAGGAAAUAAAUGAACCUAAAAAAGCUGAAACACUGGAACAAAUCAAGAAGAGAGCAGGAGAAGAAAAACACAGAGCUCUGGGAUUUAUAAGAAUGCAUAAGAAGUAUUUUUGAAUGCAUCUUAACAUCUGUGGUCACAUGUUAAGUUUUUCUUUUCUCAUUUUUAAGUUUCUUUGAAUAAACAACAUCUGCUAAAUUAGAAAAUGUCAAAUAUUGAUAUUGUCAUUUAUAUGUUUGAUUUCUUUCCUGAAGAAUACCUCAAAAAUUGACGGCAACAGGACAGAAUAUUUAUAUUUUU